AUGAUCGAACGCUGGCAUCGAAGUCUCAAGAAUUCACUGAAAACAAGACUCAUCAACAGUAAUACAUCGUGGAUCGACGAGCUACCUACAGUUUUACUCGGACUACGCGCCGCCAUACGAGAGGACACCGGAGUCAGCGCCGCCGAAUUAACCUACGGCCGUAACCUACGUUUACCGGCUGACUUCUUCGAAACAACAUCAUCAUCGAGCCUAGAUCAUACCUACAUCGAGCAACUACGAAAAAACAUCAACUCUCUCAAGCCGAAAAACAAUGUACAGCACCACGGUAAUCAACGCAACAUCUUCAUACAUCGUGAUCUACUUACGUGCGAAUACGUAUUUUUACGUAACGACGCCGUAAGGAAACCACUUCAAACACCGUACGACGGGCCGUACAAAGUUCUUCGACGAGAAGAAAAAUACUACGUAAUACAACUACCCGAUCGCACAGCAACAGUAUCCAUCGAUCGUUUGAAGCCCGCCUACAUACUGAGAGAAGAUUACGUCGGCGAGUCAACGAGCAAUGUACAACAGUCACCGUGCAACACCGAUCAAGCAGAAGUUACCAGCAAGUCCAGCACAGAAGACAACAAGAACAGGCCGUGUCGUCAGACUGCCGCCAGCAAAAUGGAAGCCUUGGUAUGUGUAACAGAACAGUAA